AUGGAAGAACCAACCUACGAUCCGAGCCGUCCCCUUGCCACGACCACCCUCGUCUACCAGUACAAACUAGUAAACUGCCCAGGAAAGACGAUCGUGGGUCUCCUCGUUGAAUAUCCGCCCGACGGAGCCACGCCGCCUCAUCGUCACGGAGGCGCCUCAGUCUCAGCCUACGUGACCACAGGUUCCGUGUUGAACAAGAUGAACAACGACCCGAUGCGAGUGAUCGAGCAGGGCCAGUCCUGGUAUGAAGCGCCCGGAUGUCAUCAUCGGAUCAGUGCGAACGCGAGCAAGACAGAGCCGGCGGCGUUCUUUGUUACUUUCGUUCUCGAUACUGAGACGCUGGAGAGGGAGGGGCCGGAGGUCUUGGUGCAGUAUGAUGAGGAGUAUAAGGAGAUUAUGGCUCAGAAGAUGAAGGCUUGA